AUGAAACCGAAGCCCAAAAAUCUGAGAGAGCUCCUUGUGUCUCUUCCAGAAUUGGCCCAAUUUCAAUUCCAUGACGGGGUUCGAUACUUUCUGUGGAAGAUCCUGUCGAAAUGUUUAGAGAAUGGGCCCCAAGGUACACAAUGGCAAGAUGAAAUCGCGGUUUUCGAGUCUAGCGCGUGGAUCAACGGUUCUUAUAACUAUAUUAGUCUUCCCGAAGGUUGGCGCGACGCCUUUUUCAAGAGCUACCUCUCAAGCGAUCACUUGAGUGCACAUGAGGGUUCUGCAUGUAGCAAACAAUGCUAUCUCACUGAGACCGUGUACCAUUGCUUCGACUGCACGAAGAACCCGCUUUACGAAAUCUGUGAGUCCUGUUUCGAUAAGCAAAACCACGUUGGACAUCGCUACACGGCGAAAGCCGUUACACGACCCGAGGGUCGCGUUUGCCAUUGUGGAGACCCAAGCGGAUUCAAGUCCCUCGAUGCAGCUUUCAAAUGCAAGCAUAGCAAUCGGGCCGGUUCUACCGCCCCCACAACUCACAAAGAGUCCAUGACGGAGACUUUUUCCCAUGUGCUCGACUACUUGAUCGAUUCUCUGGUAUAUUUCAAGGAAACCAGUGAGGAUCCAUCUGGCGGUUUUGCGUUUGGAGGUGAUGAUUUGGUGACAAGCGGAGACACAUUGAUUCAACUUUAUGAGAGCGACUGCGGUAUGCAUGCAAAGGACCUCGUGUCGAAGAUUUCCACCAUUUUACACAGGCCCUCCGAGUACGGUGUAAUGAUGGCUUCACAAUUACAACAAGGCGCUCCAUUUGUGAUAUUAUCAUCGUCACCAGAUGCGGAGAGACUACGACUAGUGCAGAAAGAGUUCAAAGACGAAAACGUAAUAGUGUGGUUGAAAUCAGAGCGGGACGUCUUCCGAGAACAUAUGGUCGAUGAACUUGUAAGCUGGCUCUUCAAGAUCUGUUUGUACUGCUCUUCUCUCUCGACAAAGGCUUCACUACGCCUUGCCAUUUCCGAUGCUUGGCGUUCAGGACUACUAUCAACAAAACAUACUCCUGGUAUUUGGAGUCGUUUCAUGGUAAAAUUGCCUCUGUUGGGAGGAUUUGUGGUGCCCUAUGAACAACGCGACACAUUCCCCUGGUGUCAACCUUGGAACUUUCCUCGCGAGAACGAUCUCAGUCACGAUCCUUACGUCAAAGCGAUUAUGCGAGACUACGAUCGCCGUCUUAGCGAAACUUGUUCGCCAAACUUGGUCUCGAGAUUUGAUGGGUUGCACGGAUCUCGUUUUCAAUAUCUCCUGAAUGGCGGCACUCAUGGCAUAAGCAUCAAAUCCAAAUUCUGCAUGCUAAAAGUUUUUGGCACCGUUUUUACCAUUAUAGACGAUUCAAGGUCUUGCUUAGCGGCUCAAUACCUUGAUCUCUACCCAACCUUACUUCACAGCACGGUUGCUUCUGACCCUUCAGGUUAUAACGUAUCGUUGCUGAGCAUGAUGUCACAAUACACAUUUCAAAACCCCCGUAUAGCAAACCUCGUUAUAGAGUCCGGCUUUAUCGAGCGCGUCAUAAGAUUUGCAUUCACACUUCUGUCUUUCACACCAGAAGAACUAAGAGAAUGUUCUCCAGUACCCCUUUAUCACGAUUUGAAGUUACCAAGUGAAACUAUAAAGAACAAGCGGACUGUGAUCUGCUUCAAAGACAUUAAUCUGGUAAUGUCAACAAAUACUAUCCCCCAAAAGCUGCUCACAAGGGAAUCAAUUGUAUCCGUGUUUUUGGACACAUUUUCUGCUUUCAGCAAUUGUUUGGUUUUAAAAAGAGAAAGCACAGAGCAUGUGGAAUUUGAAAGCUACGAUUUUUCCUCUUUUUUCUUCUUCUUCUCCUCGAUUUUGGUUAUGAUCGAUGGUUUCACGAGGAACAUAUGUCUCGUCGAGGACUGCGAGACACGGCGAAGAAUUGCUUCCCAUUUUUUGAAGAUUUCAAUGUAUCGAGAGUUUGAGUUGCUGCGGCAAAAAAUUAAUGCUGGGCGAAAGAGCACCUUUAUGGAACAGCCAGUAUCUUGCAAGCUACCUCUACGUUCAAUUCAACUCGAUGGCUCGUCCACUUUGAUGAUAGACUUUAACGUUGGAGUGGAUCACCAAAAUUUUUUCAAUCCCAUGCUAUAUUUCUUUAAGUUCAUGGUACAAUGGAGUCAGUGUGGCAGGUACGAAUCCUUGCCCUAUAAUUUUCACGAAAGUUUCAACUUCAGAGAUAUAUUUGAGGACGGAACGCAAGUUCUACUGUUGUGUGACUCGGCACUGCGAACUUUAGUGCUCACUUCACAAAUAUCGGUUGGCUAUUGGGUCAGAAAUGGCGCGCCUAUUCAGCAUCAAUUAAGAAUGUACACAAAGUACAGCAUGAGAGAAUUCACAUUUUUCAGCGACAUUUAUAUGGUCCAAUUUGCAAUGUGCAUGGCAGAACCGCAAGCAUUCAUGGCAACUUUUUUUUCUAGAUGGAAACUGAAUGAUUGGAUAGAAGCUGGAAAGAGCGGCGAAUACGACGAUGAUGAUGUGGCCGCAGCGAUGGUGGAUCAAUGUCUGUUGACUCUGAUUCAACUGCUUACUGACACCAGAGCUCUGAGCAUGAAGUCCUCUAUCGAAGGCUUCGAAAAAACGAUGAAGAUGGAAAUCAUUCAUGCCCUAUGUUUCAAAAAUGCAUCUUACGGCCAAAUCAUUAAUACAAUACCCGACCAUGUGACUAAAAACCCGGCAUUUGAUCUCUACCUAAAAGAGCUGGCUUCUUUUAUACCCCCGUCUGGCUUGAUGGACACGGGCGUCUAUUCCCUCAAAGAAGUUUACCUGUCGUCUGUGGAUCCCUUUUUUAUUGGCUUUUCUGCCUCACGGAGAUUUGAGGCGGAAAAGCUAGUUAGAACCCACAUGGCUUCAAAACAGUCCAUUCCAUACAAGUGCACGUAUAUUGAAGCCAAAAAUGUUUUGAGUGAUCUCAAGUCAACUCCUUAUAAAAUGCUCUAUCAAAUUUCCGGCACGAGAAUUUUUGGUCUUUUCCUCAAGGCAACCAUGAACCACAUUAACAAGCGCUUUUCAGAUUCGUUACUCAGUAAGACAGUUCACUUGAUACACCUUUGUGUGUUGAACAACCCCCUUCAGUUUUGGGAAGUGCUAUGUGCAAAUCUUCAAAAAUUAACCAAUGAGUCGCACGAUCAUCGUUCUAUCGGUUCAAUGCUUUAUCUUUUCUUAUCGAAAAGUGAGUUUGCGAACGAACAUGGAAAAAUUAGGGAAAUUUUCUGCUGUUUGCGUCGUGCAAUUCCUUCACCAAAACUCGAAGAGACGCUUGCCAACCAAAUUGAAGGAUUUAGCACAAGCCUCAUAUUCGACUCGCAACCCAAUGGGGUAACACAGGAUGAGGAAUUCGAGAAAAAGAGAAGUCUGGCUCGUGCCAGAAGAGAGAAACUUAUGAACAAAAUUGCCAAGCAACAAAAGAGAUUUAUGGCCAACAACGAGAUUCCCUUCUCGAGGGUUUUCACCGACUGUGGAACAUCUAGGGAAAGUGAUGGGUGGAAAUAUCCCGAAGCGUCAUGUGUGUUUUGCAAAAUGCCGCAUGACCAGGACACUUUUGUCUUUUUCGCUUACUUCGAGAGAAACAUUUGUGAUGAAUUUUGGAAAUAUGAGGACGUUUUAGAUGUUUUCAAAAGUCAUAAUGUAGAUUUUAACGAUUCGGCCAACCACCAGUUAAUGACACAGCAGCAGCCUGUUUUAAGAGCAUGCGGGCAUGGCUCUCACCUAGGUUGCCUCAACGAUCACAUGCACUCAACGCGUGCAGUUCACAGUCAUAUCACAAAAAACAUUCCCUCUAGUUUAGGGUUUUCUCUCACUUUUUGUCCAUUAUGUUCUUCUCUGACUAACUCUUUCCUUCCGCGACUACAAGAUGUGAAUUGUAGAUCCAAAGAGGAUUUCUUCCAGAAUACUGAAAUUGGCGGUCGUUGUUCUCCUAAAGAUGCUCACAUUAUCAUCGCCCUGAAGGCGGUCACUAUCUUACGCAAAUUACUGGAAGAUCAGGCUUGUCCCCCGCAACAUCCGAUCGAUGUCAUAUCCACCUUAUUGUCCAGCACGGUAUGCAAUGCCGAACUAUCAUCGCGGCUGCAAGGAAAGAGGCGUAGUCGACAGGGAUGUACAAAGAGUAACAUAAGCAAUCAAAGUUUACUAACUUUACGUCUCUUAAGUGAACUUAAGAGGUUUAUUGUUGAAAACUUGAGUGAAUUCAACCUUGGCGUCGUUGGUCCGAUUAAAACUUAUCCUUACAACAUAAGAGAUUGGGAAGUGUACAUUGAAAGUCGCCAAGAUGGCAACUUAUUAGAAAUAGCCAAUAGCUUAGUGGGCGCCUCCAAAUUAGAUCAAGAUUUUGACAUGAAGCUCGGCUUACGAAAUUUGUUGAAAAAGUAUCUUCAUCAAGACUUUUUGAGGCUUGCUCUUUUACUGGAAAAAAACAAUUCUUAUGAGCCAAGUGAGAGGGCCAUUUUCAAUGAAGAUUACAUUUCGAAUGAAGCCCUUAUUCUUGAGUCUCCGAGCUUGUUGAUGGUAAUUACGCUUGCGUACCGUAACAUGAUAUCUGAAAGGCGUAUGGGUGAACUAAUUGACUUAAAGUCAUGGGCCAAGUUCUGCUACGGGUAUCUGGUUGAAUCUCUCACUGUAUUCAUGCGCCGGCUGUACUUUCUAGUGCAUGCGGAUUACGCCCUUAACUUCGAAAGGUCGAAGACUGCCGACAACGAGCUUGUUUCACUAUUGGAGCUCUUCUGUCAGCCUUCACUCGAUGAGCUGUUAUAUGAGUUUUCAUCCUGCGACCUCGAAAUUAUCAAAUCGCUCGUCUGCAAACAGACCAGCGAUGGAAUUGAGAGCCGUUUUGUGAAAACUGCCAAAAGCCUGCAGUUCCGUUACACAGGGUAUGGUGGGUUCGCUAGAUUCCCACAACAACUCUCUGAUCUGCAUUCGAGCGAGGAAGAUCAUAUAAACUUCCGCGCCCGGAAGGAAGAAUUGGCGCUUUGUCUUUUCUGUGGUGCCGAGGUCAUUGUUCAGAGAGGCGUUCCAAUGCAGAACUUUUCGUUAGGAGAAUGCACUGAUCAUCUUUUUAACGGGUGUAGUGUAAGCUCAACUUACGGCUGUUUUUUGUUAGUAAGAAGCAACACCAUUUACUUGUCUUAUGGAAAGAGGGGAACUUUUUAUCAGGCUCCAUACCUGAAUGAACAUGGUGAAACAGACGAAGAAUACAGGAAUGGCACUCCAGUUUUUCUAAGCAAAGAACGCUACGAAAGUCUUAUCCGUGAUGUCGUGCUGGGGAAUAUGGUCCCACAUCUUGUGUUCAGACUCACCGAUAAUAUCACCGAUCUGGGAGGUUGGGAAAGUAUGUGA